AUGUCUGCAGCGGACAAGAAAGCGGCCUACGAGAAGUUCGAGAAUGUCUUCAAGAACGACCUCAUCGAGCAGAUUCUCGGCCAUGCCAAGAAGUACAAGCUUCCCCAAGAGUACCAGGUUUGGUUUGAAAAGUCCCUGAGGGCCAACACUCUGGGUGGAAAAUGCAACCGCGGCAUGUCGGUCCCUGAUUCGGCCGCUCAGCUGCUCGACAGGGAGCUCACCCAGGAGGAGUACUUCUCGACCGCCACUCUUGGCUGGAUGAUCGAGCUCCUCCAGGCCUUCUUCCUCGUCUCUGACGACAUCAUGGACGGCAGCAUUACCCGCCGUGGAGAGCCCUGCUGGUACCUCCAGCCCGAGGUGGGCAUGGUGGCCAUAAACGAUGCCUUCAUGCUGGAGUCGGCCAUUUACAUGAUCCUCAAGCAGUACUUCAAGGCGCACCCGGCCUACAUCGACAUGGUCGAGCUCUUCCACGAGACCUCGUUCCAGACCGAGAUCGGCCAGCUGUGCGACCUGCUGACGGCCCCCGAGGGACGGUCCAACCUGCACAACUACAGCCUGGAGAAGUACACCCACAUCGUCGUCUACAAGACGGCCUACUACAGCUUCUACCUGCCCGUCGCCCUCGCGCUGCACUACAACAACAUCGCGACCCCCAAGAACCUCAAGCAGUCCGAGGACAUCCUCAUCCUCAUGGGCGAGUACUUCCAGGUCCAGGACGACUUCCUCGACUGCUUCUACGGCACCAAGGACGUCAUUGGCAAGGACGGUACCGACAUCCAGGACAACAAGUGCUCCUGGCUCGUCAACCAGGCCCUCAAGGUCGCCACCCCGGAGCAGCGCAAGGUGCUCGAGGACCACUACGGCAAGAAGGACGACGCCGACGUGGCGAAGGUCAAGGCCCUGUACGAUGAGCUCGACCUCAAGGGCAAGUACCACGCCUACGAGGAGAAGGUGGUUGGGGAGCUGAAGGACAUGAUCGCCAAGGUCGAUGAGACCGAGGGCCUGAAGAAGUCCGUCUUCGAGACUUUCCUCAACAAGAUCUACAAGCGAAGCAAGUAA